AUGUCUCUACUUUUCAUCUUUUUCGAGCUUGUACACUGCAUCAUCAUCACGUUACCCGUAUCGCACUUUACCUACUCUCGAAUUAGAAUCACACAUUGGGGUCUUCUUGGUAUAGCCGCGUUGGCCGCGCUGCUUCGUUUCGGCUUUACUGCAUAUGUGAACGGCGUUGAAUACAGUGGCUCGUUUGGAGAUUCUGAAAAUUUGGGCAAGAUUACUGGGGCUUACGGCCUAACAAUUCUCAUUAUAUCUGUUCAGAUCAUGAUAUGGUUGGGAGUCAUGAAUAUAUCUCUGCUUGUUGGCUCUUUUUCCCUCGUUGCCAUCACCCUUAUGUAUGCCGUCACCGAUAUGACAUGGUAUGUGGAGGACCAGCUGUUUGAUACAGGGAUGUCAUCAUAUAGUGCCAUUCAGGUCUGCCAUGUCAUCUUCUAUCUAUGCAUAUAUGCAUCGGUUCUGCUAUGCUGUCUCAAGUGGAAAUUCAUAGUUGGGGACUUCCCCGGAAAGAUGGAAUCUCUGGCUGAGAGGGACUCAGAGUCUGAAGGGCCAAAGCAACAGAAGCGCCCGGUGGAAUUGGCAGGCGAAUCCCGUUCGCACGAGCCAGACUCCAGAGAACUGCUGGAAGCAGAUUCCAGGCGCUUGUAUGAGCCCGAUUCAAACCUCAUAGUCGAAGCAGAUGCCGACAUGGCACACGCAUGUGUUUGUUCGGUGAGAAAUGUUGAGACUGGUGGUCUUGUAUUCGAAUUAGAGGCUAGUCGUCCUUAA